GCCGCCCACAGUCUCCCUGAAGAGUCGCGCGGCAGUAGCUCGAGCGCACAACCGCACUGCGCCCGACUUCGUGAUGCUGAGCUUCUUUGACGGCUUGGGGACAGCCUUUAUGGUAUGCGACAACUAUUGCAAGGCGCGCAACCUUCAGUGGUCGGGGGCAUCAUGGGAGAUCGACAAGGAGCUAGAGAGCUUGGGUGCCGAACACUUCCCACAAGUGACGCUUCGCGGAGACUUCGAGCAGGAAGACGCAGCGACACUCCAGAAGCUUGUUGAAGAGCUCGACCCGUCCGGUCGAGCCCGCAUAGUGAUAGCGGGCGGACCGCCUUGUCACGAUUUUUCCAGGAUCCGACAGGACGCUCCGGGCCACGCCGGACACGAGGGCUCGAAAUUUACUCGCUUCGCCCAGCUCAUCCAGUCUGUCGAGAAGUCAUGGGGCCGCAGCCGAGCCAUUCUGCUCGUGGAAAAUGUGAUUCCGCAAAACAGGGCGGAUAUGAGGAAGGUGGAGCGCAUGCUGGACGCCCCCGCGGUGGUACACGAUGCUUCGGAUUUUGGGACGAUCUCUCGUCCCCGAGUCUGGUGGUGUCGCGUGCCCUGGCAGGAGAUCGCGCACCGCAAGGAUUGUCCCUUCAACCUACGGUGGACCACCAUGCAGGGGAUCCCGCGCGUGCACUUCGACGUGGACAAGGAUGAGCUGGACUCCUUCGACACCGAGGGCCUGACCCUGCCAAGGUGCCUCACCGACGAAGCCAAGCCAGUGCCGUGCCUGACCACACCUGCCGACGACCCGCAAGGACGCCCAGCACCGCGGAGUUCAAAAGGCAAGAUCAGUUCGGAGGCAACACAACGUUCGCUCGCUGACAAGAGGCGCUACGCUCCGUGGCACUACGAGUCAGGCGUCAUGAUGAUGGAUCGGGACCAACGCUUGGUGAUUCCUCCCGCCAACAUCAAGGAGCAAUGGCACCACUUGCCCAAAGGGGACUACGACGAGUUCGACCUCUCACACUUGGAGGACCCCGACGAGCACUGGCGACAGUCACGCGUCAUGCCUCAUCCGGAAGCGAAGGAUGCCUCAAUCGAGCCCGGUUUGAAGCAAUGGCUCCAAGUGUGGUCACGCAUGAGGCCACACCUCGCGGAGCUUCGCGACGCCGUGGCCCAACAGAUUGAGGACCUCGUCGACGACUUGCAGGAGGACACGGAAGCUUGGUACGCUAACCUCGCGCCGCAUGUUCAGAAAGCAUACCGCAGUGAGACUCGUACAUGCUCUUUGCAGCUUCCAGCUCUAGAAAAAGUGUGCAACCUCUUCGGCUGGCAAGACAGAGACAUUUUCAAGGAGCUCACGCACGGGUUUCGUCUUCUAGGACCUCUCGCGCCCGGAUUGGGUUGGAAAACACGCAACGACCUUCGCUACGCCGACCCCAUGCCACUAGACGAGUUCCUGCAGAAGAACGAGCUCUACGUCAAGGACAAGCUUCGCCGCUGCCGCGUCGACCCGUGCUGGGAGGCCAUGGCCCAGGAGAUCGCCAGCGAUGUCACCAAGGGACGUAUGGAAGGCCCCUUCAGCAGCCCUGCAUCGUGGCCGAAGCAGGCAGUUCCCUUGACAACGUUCUCUCACACCAGCAAGCUGGAGAAGGGGCCAAUAGCCCAUAAGCCCACCUGCUUCGCAUUCGCUGUGCAUCAGGUUGGCUCCGACGGCAAGCCCAAAGUGAGGAGGGCAGAGGACUGGCGACGCUCCUUCGCCAACGCCACGGUCGGUGCAAAGGACAGCCCAACCUACCACGACAUUUCUACCUACGUUCAGCUCGCGGUCGCCAUCAAGCAGAAGCACCCGCAAGCGCAGUUACUCAUCUGGGGCCUGGACCAUGAGGCCGCUUAUCGCCAACUGGCGGCGGAGGACCCCGACCAUACUUGGGUCAUCCUGCCAACGCCACAUGGCAUUACCCUUUGGCGACACACAGUGCUGAUGUUUGGGUCAGUGGCUUCCGUAUGGGCCUACUGUCGCAUCGCCGACCUCAUGUCAUGGCUAUGCCGCGCUUGCCUGCUCACGCCAGCGUUGCACUUCGUGGACGAUUUUGGGAGCUGCGAGGACGCUGAUCUCGCCUCGUCCGCUUUCGAGUGCUCUAAGCGACUGUGCAAGGCUUUGGGUUUUUCUUUCAAGCAGUCUAAGGAACAACCGCCGCACACUACACAGGUGAUUCAGGGAGUCGAGAUCUCCGUGCACGACAGCUUCGUGAAGGUCAGUGGUACCGCUGCGCGCAGACAACGCUUGGACGAGGACCUCGUGAGCAUCCUCACGUCCAACAGGCUGCCACCCAACGAGGCAUCCAGCUUAGCGGGCCGGCUCCAGUUCUACUGUCAGUCUCUCUUGGGUAAGUCGCACUCCGCGAC